GCAAUGGUCUUGUUAUAGAGGCAAUAUGGUUCAUUCUUCUAAUCAUUACAAGUCUUGAAAUUACAAGAAAAGUCUUCAGUAUGACCGCGUAUCAGUCCAUCAUUCAGUAUGUUUUUCAGUGGUCACAAGUUAUGGAAAUCUGUCCAAUCUUCAGUGUAUUUGCCACAUCUUUCAUUUACACUGGAAGGACUUACGCCUGUCAAAACUAUGUUGGUGCUUUUGGUGUAUUGUGUGCCUGGGCAAACGUAAUGUUGUUCAUAGGACACGAGCCUGCUUUUGGACUGUAUGUAGAAAUGUUCACCAAAGUUCAGCGGAACUUUUCCAAGCCCCUUUUAGCUUACGCACUUCUUAUUAUUGGAUUUACUUGCAGUUUCUGCAUCAUAUUUCCUGAAGAAAAAACUUUCAGAAAUCCAUUUACAGGUUUUAUGACGAUUCUGUUAAUGAUGACUGGAGAACUCGAUGUUUCGUUGCUAACCGGCGAAGGAAACGUCCUUCAUCAAAUAAGUUCCCACUUGAUUCUUUUCUUGUUUUCUCUUUUAGUGACAAUCAUGCUCUUGAACUUGCUAGUAGGUAUCGCUGUUAGUGACAUACAGGGUCUCUACAAAACAGCAGGGAUCUCAAAACUAGUCAGAUUAACAGAGUUGAUGCAUUUCAUGGAGAUUACCUUGUUACAAAAUUGCAUUUUUCGUAAAUGCAUUGAGUGGUUAGGAGAUGAAACAAUGAAAUCUUAUCCCAGAAUCUACAUCCGUUCCAUGGACCCAAAGGAAAACCGCUUACCUAAGGAGCUUAUAACGGCUGCAUAUAGGAUUGCCAGGAAACAGAAGAAAUUAAAACACAACAUUUUUGACCAGUACAGCUGGGAUGGAAAUCAACUAGAAGAGGAGGUUCAAAACUUAAAGCAACUUCUGCAAGAACAGCAGCAGAUUUUGAAGCAAUCCCUGCAGGAGCAUCAACAGUUUGUGAAGCAAUUGCUACAAGAGCAACAGCGAAGUGUGAGGGAAUUGUUGCAGGAGCAGAAGAGUGUGGAACAAGUACCAACUUCACAUACUUGGGCGUGA